AUGACAAGCAUUGUGGCUUUCCUGAUUGAAGACCCUGUCUCACAGGGUAUCCACUCCAGCUCCAUGAGAAGUCUUGGAGAUCUGUUAAAAAUCCUCAUCACCAUCACUACCACUGCAGGAAAAAAAACCCAAAACCCAACCCAAAGCCCAGAGAAGAUCCGAGAAUUAGAAAAGAUGCAGGCUAAAGACAGCAAUCCACCAGAUGGUGGCUAUGGAUGGGUUGUGGUAGUGUCAGCCUUCAUGGUGAUGGGCCUCACUGUUGCUGUUCUCAAGACUUUCGGUCUGUUCUUUGUUGAAAUCCAGCAGCACUUUGAUGGACUUGCAAGCACCACUUCCUGGAUCACAUCAGUAACUAUUGCCAUCUUUCAUUUAGGAGCCCCUGUUGCCAGUUCAUUAUGUGUACGAUACACCCAUCGGGCAGUUGUAAUCACUGGAGGACUCCUGGCUUUUUCAGGAAUGGCACUGGGAUUUUUUGGAUUCAACAUGGUCUGGAUGUAUAUAACGACUGGCUUCCUACAGGGUCUCGGGAUUUCCUUUUCAUGGACACCAGCCAUUAGCAUUGUUAGCCAUUAUUUCUCCAAGAAAAGGGCUUUGGCCAAUGCUAUUGCCAGCGCUGGAGAAUGUGCCUUUGCAUUCACAUUUGGGCCAUUUUUCCAGUGGCUGAUUAGUCAGUAUGGAUGGAAAGGUGCCCUCUUGAUUAUAGGCGGCAUCCAACUCAAUAUUUGUAUCGGUGGAGCACUGAUGCGACCCCUGGCAAGCAGCUGCCUCCUUGAGGAUCACCAUUCUGAAACUCAAACACCACCUGGCAAGAAUGCAUCCAGGACAGACAAAGAAGAUAAGUGUCCCAUCAUACACAAAACCUUCAACUGGAUGCUUCUGAAGCGACCAGAGUUUGUACUUUAUGCCAUUUUUGGCAUAUUAGCUGCUAUGAGUUUUUUUGUUCCUCCAUUAUUUUUAGUUCCAUUUAGCUACAGCCUGGGAAUAGAUGAAUCAUGGACUGCAUCCCUCCUAUCCAUUUUGGCGAUGGUGGACUUUGCAGGCAGGCUGCUGUGUGGCUGGUAUGCCAAUCUCCAUGUUACCAAAACCAUUCAUUUGCUGGUGAUGACGAUUACACUGAUCAGUACUUCCCUGAUGCUGUUACCACUAGCUAACAACUAUAUUUCCUUGGCAAUAUUCACUGGCUUCUAUGGAUUCUUCUUUGGUACAACAGUCGCCAUUCACAUUACAGUGCUGGCAGAUGUUGUAGGCAUGCCAGAAUUUGAUAGUGCUUUAGGGCUUUUCAUGCUCAUUCGAAGCUCUGGAGGUUUUGUGGGGCCUCCUCUUGCGGGUCUGAUUGUGGACAUGGCUGGAGACUACAGAGCAGGCUUCUAUAUGGCAGGAGCCACACUCAUCCUAUCAACUGGAUUUUUAGUUACUUUAGAUCAACUCCAACAGAGAAAAGAAAGAGGAAGCCAGACUAGUACUAAACCAGAAAAGUCAACUUUAUCCUACCCUUCCCUCCAUCUCCUGAAACAUAAAACCAGAAGCUAUUGAGAACACAGUGUAGUGAUGUGACUACACUGGACCUCAGAGAGCAUUUCAGGCCACAUAAAAGUAUUUUAUUUUUGACAAAUUCCGUAUUAGUAGGAUUUACAAAACAACAAAAGUUUUGGGUAGGAAUGUUUGAAACUAAAGAAUAAAGUAAGUAGUUUACAAGCAAACUAUAGCAGUAACCAUUAUCAUAUUAUUUUGAUGUUAAAGUUCCAGUUUGACUGUACAAGUCUUCAGUCCAGUCCCACAGGGCCAUGCUAAGUGAAUUAGGGAAACCAUGGUCUAAAUUAAACUUCCAUGAAGUGUAUAUGCAGCAGAUAGAAACCCUACCCCCAAAGGCAGACUGCAGCUAUCACUAUCAAACAGGAAGAGGCAUCACCUCACAGAUGUUCAG